UUUUGAAAGGGAAAUCAGUAUCGGAUUCACAAAGCGUUUCAGUUGGGAACCUUCCAACCUACAAUGUUGGACACGGCGUCGUGAGUAAUAAAGUAAUGUCCUGCGAAAGUGAGAGGACAGCAUCGUCCAUUAUAUAAACGAAUGAUCGGUGAACGCUGGCCAAAUGACAAUGGCACAUGUUGGGGCAGUAGUUGCAGCAAUGGCUGGUGUGAUGUCCAUUCUGCUUCAUUCUUCCAUACACAAGAUUGAGGAAGGACAUUUAGCUGUGUAUUACAGAGGAGGAGCUUUGUUGACAUCUCCUAAUGGCCCAGGUUACCAUAUAAUGCUGCCUUUUAUCACUUCAUACAGAUCAGUGCAGACAACUUUGCAAACUGAUGAAAUAAAAAAUGUGCCUUGUGGAACCAGUGGGGGUGUUAUGAUCUAUUUUGACAGAAUUGAAGUGGUCAACAUGCUGGUUCCAUCAGCUGUGCUGGAGAUAGUGAAGAACUACACUGCAGACUAUGACAAGACGCUAAUCUUUAACAAAAUUCACCAUGAGUUAAACCAGUUCUGCAGUGUGCACACACUACAGGAAGUCUACAUAGAGCUGUUCGACAUAAUUGAUGAGAACUUAAAGACUGCACUGCAGAAGGAUUUGAAUGCUAUGGCUCCUGGUCUCACUAUUCAGGCCGUGCGAGUCACCAAACCUAAAAUUCCAGAGUCAAUCAGAAGAAACUAUGAGCUAAUGGAAGCAGAGAAGACAAGGCUGCUUAUCACCGUUCAGACGCAGAAAGUUGUGGAGAAAGAGGCUGAAACUGAGAGAAAGAAGGCCAUCAUAGAGGCUGAGAAAAUGGCUCAAGUGGCAGGGAUUCACUUCCAACAAAAAGUGAUGGAGAAGGAAACAGAGAAAAAGAUCUCCGAAAUAGAAGAUGCUGCUUUUCUGGCAAGAGAGAAGGCAAGAGCAGAUGCAGAAUAUUACACUGCUGCAAAAUUUGCUGAAGCCAACAGGCUGAAGCUUACACCAGAGUACCUGGAACUGAUGAAAUAUCAGGCCAUAGCCGCAAACAGCAAGAUCUACUUCGGUCAGGAAAUCCCAAACAUGUUUGUAGACAACAGUGCCUCCCGUCCAGCCGUGGGCCAGGGUGCGGCAGAUUUGAUGGAGCAGCUGGAGUCCUUGAGUAUGAAAGAGAGUCUUAAGAAAGCGUCCAAGCCCAAAGCCACAGAAGGCCAUUGAGGGGCCUGAGAGCUGUCCACCCCCUCUUCCUCUGCAAUUUCUCUCUCUCUCUCUCUCUCUCUCUCUCUCUCUCUCUCUCUCUCUCUCUCUCUCUCUCUCUCUCUCUCUCUCUCUCUCUCUCUCUCUCUCUCUCUCUCUCUCUCUCUCUCUCUCUCUCUCUCUCUCUCUCUCUCUCUCUCUCUCUCUCUCUCUCUCUGUCUGUGGCAUGGGUGCUUAUGAGGCAUGCUGACAUGGAUGCUUUUCACUCUUCUACUACAGUGGGGUUGGGUGCUUGACUAGCUGUGCUGUGAGUCAGUAAGCUGAAGAGACUGUCACACAGAGCCUGUGGUUUUCCAGCAGUCAUUUCAAAACUAAAAAGUAAUGUCUAAGAACUGUGCUACUGAAUAUUGCCAGGUUGAAUUGUUGCGAUUCAAAUAUAAAAAAAAUCCCUCCAAUGUCCCUAACUCACAUCAGCAUGCUUUUUCCCUUUUUUUGCUCUCAACCUUGGAUUCUCUUUUACAAAUCCAUGCUAAUUAUUUUUUAGAUGCAGAUGCAACUAGUAUGUGCAUUUCGAGGUUUACUUUUAUGUGUUGUCUUUAACAUAACUGGAAUUAUAAGGCUUCACACUAAUUGAGAUCAAAGACAGUGGCUUUAUUAGCUACAAUAUGAUGAGACUCAUUUUGUAGCCAACAUUUGUCAUCUUUUCUUUAAUAUAUAUUUGAGGGAUACUUAACUCUAAAAUUUAUAUUCUGUCAUCCUUUGUUCAUCCUCACAUCGUGCCAAACUUGUAAGAUCAUCUUAUGUAGAACAAGGAUAUUUAAAAAAUGAAAAUAAUAAUAAGAGGUGUUUUUCUUUCUUCUUUUUUUGUCCAUACACUGAAUUUUGUUGAGGUCCAAUAUUGUACCAUACUUGGACCCCAUUGACUUUCAUUGUAUGGACAAAAACAGUUUUAAACUAUCUUUCUUUUGUGUUUUCCGCAGAACAAAUAAUAAGAAAUAAAGUCCAACUGGUUUAGGAUGACGUGAGGAUGAGUAAAUAACAGAAUGUAAAACAUUUUUGGUGAUCUACCCCUUUGGAAAUUUCUCAUUUUCAUUGUCACUAAAUUCGUUAUAGUUAAAAUCUUAAUUUAGUUCAGCCACAGCUGCAGAGAUCAGUGGUUUUUACAUGUAAAUGUAAGAUCAAUCUUGUUUUAAAAUUAUCCCUGCUUGAUUUUUGUUGAUCUUUAUGAAGACUUUUUCUACGACCUUGAGACCUGAAUACUUGGUGUGAAUUAAAUUUCAUGUAAUGUCAGAAAUAGUGGGUUUGGUAUAGUAUUGUGUAGCUUGUUAGUUUGUGGGUGCUCUGUGGAUGAUGUUGAAUUGUUGGUUUAUAGAAAUGGUGACACCGAGCAUGGGUUUCAUAAAGUUUCAUAAGAUGUUAAUGUUUUGUUCCGGGGCUCCUGUCUUUGAAAAGCUAUGAGAUGAACAGCUGUUUGGUUAUAGUCGGUUCCUUUAUGACAGAAAAAUGCCUUUAUGCCUUUAGUUGAGCUUGCUCGUUUUGUCAUUACUGGAAGGAGUUUAUUUCAAAGGGAAUUCAGUUACAAUAAGGGCUGCAGUAUUAUUAGGCACUAUCAACGAAAUUUAGCAUUAUGGUGGAUAAAUGCAUUAAUGAUCAGACAUUGUAACAACAUAUUAAUGCAUUUUGGGAGCCAUGUGAUGUUUUUCACUGGAGUUGCCCUGAAGCCUCAAAAGCUUCAUCAGAAUUUCACCACUAGAGGAAGCCAGUGAUCUUCAGGAAUCUAAAGACUGGACAACAGAGAGUUAAAUGACUCCAAAA